AUGCGAAGGAUCCUCCUACAGAUAACGAUCUGCUUGGUGUUGAUCGAAACACCGAACGUUUGGUGUAAAUUAUCCAGCUACAAAGCAAUCGUUCCACCGGUAAAGAUGAAAUCGGAUGAGAUGGCCAAAUUUGCGGAAGUGAAUUAUGAUGACUACCCGAUGGUAGUACCGAAACGGGCGGCCAUGUUACUGGACCGUCUCAUGGUGGCACUGCACCAUGCACUGGAAAAAGGUGACGGGGAGGAUGGUAGUGGGCGACCCAUCAACAAGGUGUAUCGGGACGGACGCUAUACUGGCAAACCAACGGUUGCGCUGGCACCGGCCAAAAUACCACCACCGCCGAGCAAAACGGAGCAACUGAUGAAAAGCUAUUAUGCCGAAGCGGAUGCAGACGCGGAGGCCGAAGACAGGGUGGCCAACUCCAUCCCGGACGAGAUCGAUGAUAUCGAGGCGCGGAAGGAGCUGCUGGACGAAAUGAUGGACAUCCAAACCCGGGGCACCGAAGACAAAACCAAGAAGGGUAGAUACUGGAAAUGCUAUUUUAAUGCGGUCAGUUGUUUUUAA